UUCCGUAAAAACGCAUCGGAAGCAGAAAGAAUUGUAUUGGUCUUCUGAAGACCCUUCUGCAGGGCGAAUUCAAAUCGCCGGCAGAAUUGGCUGGGGGAACCCGGUCUAACCGGAUUGGAUAUAAGACACAUGUUUUAAUUUCAGUAUUUCGAUAGCCGAUAGUAAUGACCGCUGUCUGUGUAUCUUUGUGUGUCUGUUUGACAGAUUUUUGGGAUUGGCGGAUUCAACCUGACUGAAAGAAAUUAACGAAUGUAACCAAAGAUCCACCUGGUAGGACUGGAGAUCCAUUGCCUUGGAAAUUACCAACAUUAAGAAACUUCUUUGUGUGCUGGAAUGAAAACGGAAAUGGCCAUGCCAAUAAGGGGAAUUAGUUUGUGUUCAUUUGGAAUAUUAUGUUUCCUUUUGAAUCUGAACAAUUUGAUUUCUCCAGCUGCUGGUUACGUGCUGAAGGACUGCAGGGUCACAAGAACCACACAGGCCAUCUGUCAGAAGAAUAGUUUCAAUUUAUUUCCAAAAGACAUUCCACUAAUAGUCACAAGUAUAGACCUGUCUCAAAACAACAUUUCUAAACUAAAUAAUGCAGAUUUGAAAAAUUUACCAAAUCUGUUGAGCUUAAACCUGAAAUGCAACUCUAUCUCCAUAAUUGAAUCUGGCACUUUUGUUGUUCAAAUGUCUCUAGAGGUGUUGAAUUUAAACAGCAAUAGGCUUUGUAAGCUACAGGAGGGUAUGUUUGAUGGCUUAGUCAAUCUCACGGAAUUGGGUCUGACUUCCAAUAGGAUCAAAACAGUAGCACCAGGCUCUUUUAAGUCUCUGACCAAGCUAAAGUUUUUGGAUUUAGGUCACAACAAACUGCACCAAUUAAAAAACAUCUUACAACAUACAACACAUUUACAACACCUGUCCAUUCUAGCAAACAACAUUUCCAAUUUUCAUUCAUGGGAGCUGUCAAAUACGUCUACCGAACUUGUUUCACUUGAUUUGUCUCUUAAUGAGCUAAGGGUCUUUGGGCUCAGUGCAGAUAUCUUUCCCAACCUCACAAGGUUGAACCUUGCGGAUAAUGGUAGAAAGAAUGGUAUCGUCUGGGAUGUGAAUGACACAUCGUACCUUAGGCGCGUGUCCAAACUAUAUAUCAGUGGUUGUCGCUUGCAAGAACAGCAGAAAGUUCUAGAGACAUUUAACUCCUCACUGAUCUUUCUGAAGUUAAACCAGAUGCGUAACAACCUGCGGGAUCUCAUUAAUAUUUCCUGCAAAAUCCCAUCACUGACCCUCUUGAAGUCCGAAAAAAACGGCAUCAAAUAUAUUCGUUCAGACAUGCUGCCCUUGUGUACUAAUCUGAAAGUGUUGAACAUAGGGAGCAAUAAGUUAAUUGACAUCUCUAACAAUUCAUUUCAAUCCCUGAGGAAGCUAAACAUUUUAAUCAUGAAGUCUAACCGUCUCAAAUCAGUCCCCUACGCUGUCAGGAAAACUGCAAUCUCAAAAUUGGAUCUCAGCUACAAUAACAUCAUUAUUCUUCGCUGUGAUGAUUUUGCCAAUAUGACUCGUCUCAGUAUGCUCCAUCUAAACAAUAACCCUCUCUCAGCUCUACAGGAUUGUGUUUUCAAAGAUUUGGUAAAUUUAAAGUUCUUAAUGUUGCAAAACAGCAUCAUUAGUAAAUUAAACAGUGCCUUCAUAAAACACCUGCCAAAUCUCCAAGUGCUUGAUUUGUCAAACAAUCAACUCACUCUUCUCGAUCAUGGACAAUUUAAAGCUCUGAAUUCCCUACAGAAUCUAAAAUUACAAGGAAAUAAAUUACAAAAACUUAAUAAGGGGAAUUUUAAUGGACUGUCCAAUCUUACAUAUCUUAAUCUCGCAUCAAAUGUAAUAACUAAAAUUAAUAAAGGUACUUUUGGUGACUUGAAAGCUUUGAAGACAUUGUAUUUGAUGACCAAUCGCCUUAAAUAUACAUCAGAAAAGCCAAUUAAUGAUCCACCAUUUGCUGAGCUUUCACAAUUGGAUACAUUGGAUAUUUCAGGUCAACACAGGCACCUUAAGAGCGCCUUCCCUCAAAACCUUCUGAAAGGCCUGACAAAUCUUUCGUUACUCAAUAUCAGAGGUAACCAGCUUAUAUCCCUGCACCCAGACAUCUUCAACUAUACUCCUAAUUUGAAUAAGCUUUAUUUGAGUGCAAAUGAUCUCAGAGACCUUCCCGACAAUUUAUUUUCCCCAAUUCAAAAACUAAAAGCUCUUUACAUUUCACAGUUAAACCUGGGGUCUCUUGAUUUUCUUCUCCUUGCUAACCUCACAGAGCUGAAGUUCUUGCAGAUGAGGAAGAAUGCCUUUUCUGUGAUAAGUGAAACAGUGUUGCAGUCUCUGCCAGCACUUACAUACCUGGAUAUGAAGUUUAAUAGCUUCAGCUGUAACUGUGACAAUGCAUGGUUCAUCCAAUGGGUAAACAACAACAAGAAAACACAAGUUCUUGAUGCGUACAACUUUGAUUGCAAAUUCCCUCCAAAUCUUAAAGGGAAAAAACUGUUGAAAAUUGACAUUCGUUCUUGUACAGUAGACAUUGGCUUCAUCUGUUAUAUUUGCACGGCAUGCGCGGUCAUCAUGACCAUAGCAGUCUCCUUCACCCAUCAUUUCCUGCAAUGGCAUCUGGUCUACACGUACUACCUCAUGCUGGCGUUCCUCUACAACUCAAAGCACAAGAACAAGCGUGCUCAUCACUACGACGCCUUCGUCUCCUACAACGCAAACGACGAGGGCUGGGUGCUGGGGGAGCUGCUGCCCAAUCUGGAGGACGAGCAGGGCUGGACACUGUGUCUGCACCACCGAGACUUCCAGCCAGGGAAGUCCAUCAUGGAGAAUAUAACAGACGCCAUCUAUGGUAGCCGGAAGACCAUCUGCGUAGUCAGUCGGGAUUACCUGAAGAGUGAAUGGUGCUCCAGAGAGAUCCAGGUAGCCAGCUUCCGUCUGUUUGACGAGCAGAAGGACGUGCUGAUCCUGGUGUUUCUGGAGGACAUUCCAAUGCAGCAGCUGUCUCCGUACUACCGCAUGAGGAGGCUCCUGAAGAGACAAACCUACCUGAGCUGGUCCCGAGCAGAAGCACACCCAGACUUGUUCUGGGAGAAGCUCCGGCAGGCCCUGGACACCCAGGAGCACCCAAUGGGUGAGCAUCUACGGCUCACCGUGGAGGAAGGACCCCCCGGAGAGAGACCAGACCAGUAAAAGGCUUACAAAUGCUUGGGGGAGGGAGGGGGAUUAUACUACAGACACCCGGGGUCUGUCCCUAUGGAGGGAAAGUGAAACAGUUCCCCUUGAUGGCUUCGUUACUUUAAACUCUCAUUAUUGUCUGUAUUGCAAAACAUCUUCUUGUUCUGGUUAAAUGUACAUCUGGUGUUGAUUUGUUUUGUAUGCAUUGCGUUUACGGAUCCAUCGGUCUCGCCAGCCUAUUGAAAACUAAAUGUAUUUAUUUACUUGGGAUUUUUUGGAAAUAUUUUGAGAUUAUUAACCUGUUCUUUAAAGGUUGGGUAUGGGAUUUGCGAAACGCCAGCAGAUUUUGAAAAUACACAACUCAAAUGGUCCUACCCCCUCUCCUUCAACGCUGACUCUGACUCCACCCAUUCCAAGUACCUGGACGCGCAAUCAUGCACGAGCGCGAACACAGAUGCGCGAGAGCGAGCCAGGCUGGCGUAGGGUUUUCCUUCUCUUUGCUGGUGGUGGUGGGGGAUGGUGGCGUCUUGUCUGCCAUGGAAAUGGUCUUCUACUGCUAGGUCCAAAUGUGGAUUAACUAGUUCCAGUAGCUACCGCAGGAUAACAACAAACAGGAGCUUGCUCUGGGUCACGAGUACUGCACGAAGGGGUCACGCGCGGGGGAGGGGGAGUGCAGUACGACCGUUUGAUUGACGUACUUACUGUCCAAUGCAACUCGGUGGCUCUGGAAAUCAUUGGCUGGAGUUUUUCGAGCCCUGCCCGUUCCACAGAUGAUUGACUUGUUUAAUUUUCAUGCCAGUAUUUCUAACUCUCGAACGAUUUCAAGUAAUUUUGCAAAAAUGGCCAAAAAAGCGAAUUCCAUACACAACCUUUAAUGGCUGUAUUGUUAUAGGCUAUAUAAUGCUAUUAUAUAUAUUACUCUAUACUGUUAUUAUAAUGACUGCCACAUGAGCUUUUCUUAUUGUCUUGGUUUUAAGAUACAUACUUAAAGGGGUAGUUCGGAA